AGAGAAGAGGUGAAACAUGCUGCCAUUUCUGUCUCCUCCAGACCAGUCAGAUCCUGCACAUUAGCAGGAGAGAUCCUGCAUACAAAGCCUGAGCGUUACAUCACAUUACAGGGCAGCGAGCAGGAGGCACACAGCGAAGAGGAGAGCAGAUGCCUCCUUUGUUAGACUAUCAGAAGGGGAAGAUGACUACAGAGUGAUGGCGAGCCCGUGAGGGUAAGACAGCCGGCCAUGGCUUCCCCACAAGGACUUGAGAUGCCACCAAGAAUGAGAUGAAUUCAAAAGAGAGAAAAACAUCUUUCCAGGCGAGCGUCGCAAGGAGGAGACAAAGGAAGAAGCAGGAUGGAGAGCACAACUAUCAUCCCCAGUGGACGCUGAGAUGAAUAUCUCUACAUAUCGAUGACUGGUCACAUUCACAAACGCCAGACCGGGUCUCCAACGCGUUUCUAGAAGGGACAUUUCUUUACUCCUUCUGGGAAUUUCAGCUCUUCAGGUGCCACCUGCUAAAGGACGAGGCCUGGGCAUGACAUAGGCACCCUGGCAUGAGGACAAGCAUGGAGGGACACCAGGCCAGUGACUCGGACCUCACCCCUUCCUAUGAGGAGUACGAGUGUAAGAUCUGCUACAACUACUACGACCUGGACAGGAGGGCCCCCAAGCUCCUGGAGUGUCUGCACACCUUCUGCCAGGAGUGCCUGAGCACGCUGCACCGCCGGGAAGACCGCCCCUGGCGCCUCUCCUGCCCAAUAUGCCGGCACCGGACCGUAGUCCCGGACUCCCGGGUAGAAGCCUUGCCCGUGAACACCAAGGUGGCCGAGGCCUUCCCCAUGUACGUGCGGCAGGACGACCCCUUCCCCCAGGACAUCCUCCCCCCCAUCACCUAUCACUACCACCACCAUCAUCCUAUGCAGCGAGAGCUGCAGUUCCACCACGGCACGGCAGGUGGCGCUGUGUUACAUGCAGCCGCCGAAUAUCGCUACGCGUUACAGCCGGGGCAGGAGGCGGCCGCUGCGGCUACUCGAGGCCGGGGAUCCCUUUCGGCCUUAAACCAGCCGCAGCCAGCGACUGCUCCCUCGGCUACUAGAGGUUAUGAGAGAUGCCAGAGCUGCAAAAGGGCCGUGCUGACGGCGGGCUGCGUGUGUGUGGUGUUUUCCUUUAUAGCCAUGGUGGUUCUAUUGUUUGCAGGCCUGGUGUUUGUGAACAGAUACAGCGGGGCCCCUGCUCCUUCCCCGGCGGGGCCCAUAUGCCUGUCAGUGGCCAGUGUGCUAGCCCUCUUCUCAGUGGUGGUCACUUGGGUGAUCUGUUGGCUGAAGUACAGGCCAGACCCCAUAGAUGGGAGCAGGGGGGCGUCGAGCCGGAGAGACGCCUAAACUGUGGACGAUCCCUUCAGUGUGAACAGUGUAUUGUCGAGGAGGUUUUAUGUUAACCCCGCGGUGACCGUAGACACAAAGAUAUCUCCGGCGCAGCGAUAAUAACCGGCGACCAGUGCAAUAGAUGAUAGACUAGAACCUCUUAGCGUGAAUUCACACUAAGCAGAAAUGUCUUCUACCGUCCGACUCAUCUGGAUGGGGCUUGCCGCCAAAAUAUCCCCAUGUAGAUGGAAUGGACGGAACUGAUCGGCAGUCACAGUCAUUUCUGCACAAAUCUACCCUAAGCCCACAUUCACAGGGUCAUUUUGUUUCAUCAGUAUUUGUAAGCUAAAACCAGGAGCGGGUCCAAAACACAGAAGAGGCGUAAAUCUUUCCAUUAUAACAAAUACUAACGUGUGAAAGUGGCCUUAGGACGCCUGUACAUUGGCCUCCAUCAGAGGAACAGGUCAGGGAAUCGCCCCCACAUAUAUAUCCAAUGGACGCUGCUAAAUGUAGUAUAAAUGUCACCACUCCCGACUGUGUUAAUAGCUUCCUGCAUUCCCCAUGUAAUAACAAUUCUGGAGCAUCUAUUCUUAUGUCUG